AUGCAAAGGAUUAAUGAAACAAAUGUGACAGAAUUCACUCUUCUGGGAUUCCCUACUCUUCAGAAAAUGCACAGUUUAUUCUUCAGCAUAUUCCUUGCCAUCUACAUCAUGACAGUCACAGGCAACCUUCUCAUCAUAUUUCUGAUCAGUACCAACACCCAUCUCCACACCCCCAUGUAUUUCUUUUUGGGAAACUUCUCACUCCUGGAAAUGGGAUAUACUACUGUCACUGUCCCCAAAUUGCUCGUGAUCUUUCUGACUCAAGAUGGGACCAUUCUCUUUGAGGCCUGCAUAACCCAGCUCUAUUUCUUCUUCUUUCUGGGAGCCACUGAGAACUUCCUCUUGGCCCUCAUGGCUUUUGAUCGCUAUGUGGCCAUUUGCCAUCCAUUGCACUAUGCUGCCAUCAUGAGUAGUCGAGUUUGUUGUUAUCUGGCAGCUGUUUCUUGGGCUUUCGGAGCUGCAUUUCCUCUUGGGCCAGUCAUGUGGAUUUCCAGGUUGCCUUUCUGUGGGUACAACAUGAUCAACCAUUUUUUCUGUGAUUUCCCACCAAUCCUGGAGCUUUCUUGCAGUGACACGUCAGCUCAUGAAACCACAAUUUUUAUCCAAUCCUUCCUUGUGAUAUUAAGCUCAUUCAUAUUCACAAUGGUGUCUUACGGUUACAUUGGCUCCACCAUCCUGAGAAUCCCUUCCAAGUCAGGGCGCAGGAAGGCUUUCUCAACCUGUGCCUCCCACCUGACUGUUGCAGUGAUGUACUAUGGGACAGUCAUUUUUAUGUAUGUCCGUCCCUCUGCACGACACUCAUUUGACCUCAAUAAGGCUAUUGCUGUAGUCUAUGCAGUAGUGACCCCAGCAUUGAAUCCUAUCAUCUACAGCCUGAGAAACAAGGAAGUCAAAGUGGCCCUUAGAAAGGUAUUGCAAGGUAGAAACUAA